AUGGCGACUUCUCGCUCAAUCGCUGCCGCUCUUGCGAUCCUGAUCCUCUUGUUCUACCCGUUGCGAGCUGCUUCCGCCGUCGGCUUCGACCAGUCGACGAUCUCCCCGUCGGUUUCCGCCACCGCCGCAGCGUCCUCGACUCUGUUCCAGCCGUUUCCGCCGAUCCAGUCCCCGUUCCCGUCGUCGGCCCAAUCGCCGCCGAUUCCACAGCCUCAGCAGCAGCUGCAGCAGCAGACGGCCGUCUCUGCUCGGGAUUCCGGAGGCGAUGAGUCCUUCAUCCACACCGCUCUCCUGGCUCCGAUCCUCGCUCACCUCGGCUACAACGAGCUGGCCAUGGCGGUCCCGACUCUCUCCUCCGAGUCCACCGCCACCGCGUGGUCCGGGCCGUCGACUCUGUUCGCUCCCUCCGACGCCUCUCUCCACUCCUGCUACUCCUGCUCCAUCCCCAGCCUCCUCCGCGAGCACAUCGUCCCCGGCCUCUUCACCAUGGAUUACCUCCGCAAGCUCGCCUUCGGCACCAAGGUCGAGACGCUCGCUCCCGGCAAGUGCAUCACCGUCACCUCGAGCUCCGUCAAGAAUUCCACCGCCGAUCCCCCCUCCGCGGCCAAGAUCUUCAUCGGCGGCGUCGAGGUCACCCGUCCAGAUCUGUUCAACAACGGAUUCCUCGUGAUUCACGGGAUCCAAGGCUACAUCGCGCCUCUCUCGCCGUUCUCCUGCGACGUCGAGCGCCUCAAUUCGCUCACGUUCCCGUUCCAGCAGCCGGAUCGCGUCCCCGUUGACGGCCUCUCGCCGCCGCUCGUCCAGCCCGCGGUCAUGCGAUUGAUGAUGCGAGACGCGAUUCUCCGCCUCCGCAACAACGGAUUCAGCAUCCUUGCUCUGGCGAUACGGGUGAAGUACGCCGAGCUGGUUGCGCUCAGCAACAUGACGAUCUUCGCGCUCGACGAUUUCUCGAUCUUCUCCGGAUCGUACUCCUACAUCAGCAGCGUGAGGUUCCACAUCGUUCCGAACCAGCUGUUGACCAUCGCUGACCUGGAGCGGCUCUCCGUCGGAUGCACUCUGCCGACUCUGGAGAGCGGCCAGACUCUGGUGGUAACCACCGCCGCCGCUGGUGGUGGUGCGAUUCAGCCGGCAGCGCCGAUGAGGAUCAACUACGUCAGGAUCAAGAUGCCGGACGUGAUGCGGAACUUGAAGAUCGCUGUGCACGGGAUCUACCUUCCGUUCCCGAGGAUUCACCCGUCCACUACUCCAGCCGCCGGCACCGCUCAGAGCUUCGAGCAGGGAAUGUUUGGAUCAUCAGGCGCGGGGGACUCUGCUGCUGCAUCCUCCGCCUGUGCUGCUCUGUCGGAGGAGGACGGAAGCUGCGGUAUGGUGCCUGUCCCGCCGGUGAAGGCGACGCUCGAGGUGGAAGAUAAUCACUACGGCCUCUGA